GGUCUGAAUGACGCACCCGGUGAAAGUGGCCGAACGAGCUGGGCCAGAGGAUCUCAGCCAUAGAGAAGGCCCUGCCAACAGAAUAAGAAGAUGAUCCUCAAGGAGCUAUUCACCAAAGAGUACAUGAAAGCCAAAGGCCUCACCCAGACCGCCAACGGACUUAUACUGGCCUUCCCCGCACAGAGCGUCACAGACACAAUAGAAGACAUCGUGGGAAGUAUUAGGGCUGGGAAUUGCCAGGGACCUCAAGAUGGUAAAGCAGUUGCUGCUGCACAGGGCCAACAAGGAGCACAGUAACGUUUCAGAUUACACUCGUCUCAGCCUAGCCACCUCAGGGGGCUGCAUCAACAUUCUCCUAAACGAUGGCACUGAAAUCAACUCCUGGACUAGAAGUAUCUCUAGUCUGGGUAUCUCUCCUCUGAGGCUGGCUGCAAUGAAUGGCCACGUCCCUGCGGUCAAGCUGCUGAGGGACAUGGGCUCAAACAUCAACACCACACAGAUCGAGACCAACUGCAAAACGGCACCGACCCUGGCCUGCCAACGUGGAGCACAACAGAGCAGCAGUAAGUUAACAGCAUUUCGACCAGAAAUAUGACUUUCCUGAAUUGGAUCUGUUGUUCGUACCCUGCCCCAAGGCAAUUCCACUUAUCCAAGACACCGGUACAUGUCAAAAGUUUGGACACACCUACUCAUUCAAGGCUUUUUCUUUAUUUUUACUAUUUUCUACAUUGUAAGAUAA